UGGGCAUUAGUAACAAUAGAAGCUCUCAGGUAUACGUUUGGUCCAGCGGGUGGACGAUAGUUGCUUUAAUUUUUACAAAGCAACUAAGCAACACCAAUAUUGUUACUUGAGUACAUUCACACACACACCAUAAAAUACAAACAAAAAUUCACUCACAUCUGCAUACAGACGAAAAAAGCAAAUUGCACGUUCGUUAACAAAUAAACAUAUUUAUAUAUGUAUACGUACGUAUGUUUCAAUACGCGUUCACCCAAAAUUUAUUUGUGUGUAAUAUCGUACCCAAAUCUACAGCUAAAGAAAAACUAAGGAAAAUUAAUAAAUAAUCUGACGAAAUUCCUAACCACUUGUUCGGCAAAAAGUUUUUUUAGAAAGUGUGAAAUCGGGCAGACUUUUUUAAUAUGAUUAAAAGGAAAAGUUAAAUUAGUGAUAAUAUUAAAAAUAACUGGAGAUAAUGUCGCACAGUGUGAAAGGCAAAAAAUUGCAAAACAAUAUGAGAAGAGUGAAAUGUUUAUCAAGUUUGUCAGCUUAAGGCCAACUAUACAAGAACAACAUUGCUUGGUCAUUAUCUUUGAAAAUUAGUGAGAAAAAAUACAUACCAUUGCUAUUUUAAGAUUGUGGAAAACAGGAAAUAUAAUAUUAGGGACUAAUUUAUCUACUCCAAUUAAUUCUAAAUAUUCAGAACCAAGUAAACAUUGGAAGGUGGAAGUUGACAUCUGUGGGGCGAUACUGCUCACCCGAUAUUAUAUUCUACCCGAUACCCUGAAUAGCCCGGCAUAAAUUAACAUUGCUAUAACAUUGGCGUCAUAAUUUUCUCCACGUGGCACCAUCGCUGUCAGUGGGAACCAUGGAGGAUGAUCAGCAGUUUUGUCUCCGAUGGAAUAACCACCAGAGUACGCUGAUUAGUGUGUUUGACACAUUAUUAGAGAACCAAACUCUCGUCGACUGUACAUUAGCUGCGGAAGGGCAAUUCCUAAAAGCUCAUAAAGUGGUACUGUCUGCAUGCAGUCCAUUUUUUGCUGAUUUGCUUCAACAGCAGUAUGAUAAGCAUCCGAUAUUCAUAUUGAAAGAUGUGAAAUACCAAGAAUUGCGUGCCAUGAUGGACUACAUGUACCGUGGAGAAGUGAAUAUUUCACAGGAUCAAUUGGCUGCAUUGUUAAAAACUGCGGAGUCGCUGCAAAUAAAAGGCCUCUCAGACAAUCGCAGUGGUAGCACGCCGAAAACAGAACAACAUCGUGGUUUAAAUGUACAUGGAAGUGGUAGUGGCGGUAAACUGAGCGUAUAUACACUCGAGCAGACGCAACCUAAACGUCCUCGCGUUGGGCCGUCUCCUAUGGAGACUACAGAUAUAUCAGGCUCUCGGGAGGGUUCAUCUAGUCCAUCUAGACGUCGAAAGAAAGCUAGACGCAAGAGUGCCGAAAAUGCUAUGUCUGCAGACGUUCAUGACAAUUCCAACUCAUCUCAAAUUAACCAAUCGUCACUUCAGCCACAUCAACAACAACCACAAGCCAAUGCAAGUCUAACUGGGGUUGGAGCCAUAACGGCAGCCACGUCUUCACUUCCAGUCUCAGCAUCCGCAUUAUCGACCGGUACAAGUGGUGUUUUAGCAGCAACUGGUUCAAUAGUUAGCACACAAGGAACUACUCAGCAAAUGACCACAAACAUUACCAAAAAGACUGAAAGCGUUAAAGGAGCAAGCGAUGCCAUGCAUACAGAAAAUAUACAGGCUGUGGGUGUGGUUGGUACCGGGGACGAACAAAACGUAGAGCAUGUUAAGGGUGAAAAAUCUAAUCAUAAACAAAAGCCGUCGACAGCCGGAGUUACUGGUAAAGAAACUGCCGAUUUGGUAAUCGAACCGAAAAGUGAAUAUGAAGAAGAAGGCAAUGAGGAAACUGUUGAAGAUCUGACUCUAGACGACGAGGAAAUGGGUAUAGAGGAUUUAGAUCAUAAUGCCGGUACAAGCCAAGCCGGCGAAGGAUCUAGUCAAGGGUAUGCACCGUGGCAACAUGACAGAUCUCAGGACGAGUUAUUAUUGGCGCCACAAGAGACACAGCAACGGGAUCCACAAGAUUUAAGUAUUACUCGUAUAGCUGGCCUAACAUGGAACGAGUGGAACGCACGUUUGGCUAUGCCGCUGGUGACACAAUUGCGUGAAGGUGCAAACCCGCUAGUUUUCCCCACCGAUCUUUCCAUUAACACCAUGGACAAAGGCAGUUGUUCUAUUGGGACGACAACAUUGGAUUGCAAAUCUCCGGCUCCGGACACGUCGAGUGAAUUGAGCAGCAUUGCAGGUGGUAUUGCUACUAAUGAAGCGAGUGCACUGCAUGUGCCCUUGAAUUGUAGUUCAGGGCCCGUUACAAGUGCGGGUGCUGUAGAGAAAUCGUGCCCUGUGGGUGCUGCCCCAACUAGUGGGAAAAUGAAAAAAUUAACUGAAGAAGAAGCCGCCAUAUUGAUGUUGAGAGCAACAGUGGAAAAGUCAACGGCAAACAACAGUGGCAACCUCAGUGAUAACAGCUUCAGUGAGGAUAAUGUAAAUGCCAGCAGCAGUGUGAUCAGUACAAGUGGCGAUUACCACUCGGCACUAAGUGGAGCAGCUGCAUUUGCGGAUGUUGGGAGCCCCGGGCUUUGCAAUAUCAAUAUAUUAAGCAAUAUCAGCGCACUAAACAGUCUAAUCGGUGCUGGCGGGAAUGGAAUUGGUGGAACUGCGGCUAGUAGUCCUGGUAGUGGAAUAAGUGGCGGUGGUAGUGGUCAUCCGUGCCCAGAAUGUGGCCGUGUUUAUAAACUUAAGUCAUCCCUCCGGAACCACCAAAAGUGGGAAUGCGGAAAGGAGCCACAGUUCCAAUGCCCAUUCUGUGUCUAUCGUGCCAAACAGAAAAUGCAUAUCGGUCGCCACAUGGAACGAAUGCACAAAGAAAAGUUUAUAAAACUAGAAGAUUUAAAGAGCUUUACCGGAGGCAGUGCCGACGACAGUGGCAGUGCCCCUACUGCUGCUGCCUUGGCGUCCACAGCAUCCAGUGAGCUGCGUCAGAACUUUUCUUAGCUUGGAGGAGGCAGUAGUUGUGUAGAAAAAGACAAUGCAGAGCCAUAAGAAACAACCAAUCAUAACAAUACGCAGGGCUUUACGAAUAUACCGAUUUGUACAACUCUAAAUACCCAAUUCGUAUUUGAGUUGUAUAUAUGUACAUAUGUACACACAUACGUACGUUAAAGUAAACAUGUAAUCAGAGUGCCAAAUUUUUUAUUUAUUUACUUUUUUAUAGUUUUAAUUAACGCCUUUUUAUGAUAAUUUAACGAUUGAGAGUCGUUAAUUUAGUGAAAGCUGUGACCCUGAAUUAGAUUUCGAACUAAAAAAAUUGAAUCCUUUGGAAUUUAAAUUUGCCAUUAAAAAAUGAUAUCUUAUGUAUUAUACAUACAUACAUCCUUAUUAACGGAAAAUCUUCCAUAAAACUUUGCCUGUUAAAAUAUUCUUUUAUUUUGCACGUUGUUGACAAAAACAAUUUUUUUAAAUGUAUUAUUAUAAAGUGACAAAUUAAGGCUCAACGUAAAUGUUAAAGUUGAAAUGGUCUACUUUUGAGGUUUUAAAAGAAAUGUGUAUUAGCAUUUGGGGUUGUUGUUAUUGCCGUCACAUAUACAUAUAGAUAUGUAUACGCGCACACACAUCCAUAUGUAAAUGCAUAAAAUCUACGAAAGUGUUUUCUUCCCAAUGAGUUUUCAGAAAAAUGCUCAGGUGUACUCAGGUGCUAUAGUCACUGUGAUAGUACAAAUUGAAUUGAAUAUCAGGUUUAUUUACACGUUUCUUCACAUGGGGAAUCUAGCAUUUUUGGUAUUAUUUUUAUAUCGAAAUUUUGAAAGAAUUAAAAUAAAAUUGUUUACAAUCAAAGUUUAAAGUCAAUACAGAAACCGAUUAAAGCGGGACUAAUGCUACAAUAGAUAUAAGUGAGAUAUAUAUAUGUAUAUAUAUAGGAUUUGCAUACAUAUAUACAGAGUUGAAACAUUCCCUAAUACUUGUUUAAAAGACAACCUAACUUGUACAUACCAACACAUACCCAACAUUUAUAGGUAGUAUCAUUUGAGACGCAUAGGCGCAGGAAAUACAUAUAUUAUAUGUAAUUAGAUUUAAUAUAUACAUACAUACACAUAUACAGCAACAAACUCAGUGAAAACAGCUUCAUAUUUAAAACUUGAUUAUUUAAAGAAAGAAUUACGAGAAGAAAAAGAAAACUUUGCCACUCCAGUUUUCACAUAGAAAGUCAAUUUGCUUGUGAUAUGGUCGAUAACUUUCCAUCGAAAAAAAUGCUGUGUGUAAAAAAUCAAGUGGGUAGACAAAAGACAAUCGACCAGUGAGUACCAGAUUGACUUGCUAUAACUUAAGCUCCAAUGCAUUAAGUUUUAUGUAGGGAUAUAUACAUACAUACAUGCAUCCAUACAUACAAACGUAUAGGUAUAGUUUUAGUGUUAAAACAUUUUACCUCAGUUAUAUCCAGAAGUAUAUAACCAAAAGGCUAUAUGCGAGAGUAAAAUUAUUAUUAUAAUUUUUAUUUUAUUUUGUUUUUAAUUGUGCUCAACUUUUUUUAUCCAAUUUUUUACUUAUGUGUCUGUACAGCUUGAAGUUAUUUAAGAUGUCGUCCGAAAUAUUCAACACAAUUUAAAAAACAAGAAACAAAGCUUGUUUGGUCUUUCGAAAUGGAUAUGGAUCGAUUUCGCUUGCGAUUUCUCGCUCUUCCAAUGUUAAAUAAUAAAUCUAAGUUAUAUGGGAAGAAUAUUCACUUUAAAAACAGAUUAUAAAAGCAAGAAUUAUAUAGGUUGGCCAAUGUUAUAUAGUCAUAAUUUUUUAAUUCAGUCAUAAAUAAUAACAAAUAAGCAUUUAGGUAUAUAUACAUAUAUAUUUGAUUUGAACAUUCCUGUUAUAAAUAUAUGUUAGACACAUAUGUAUAGGUAAUUGCAAAGCAAACAGAAAAGAAAUUAUUUUAGAAGUAAUGUUAAAGGAUAGAGAUGAUAAGUUAGAACAGAGAUGACAACGAAUAUAUAACUCAGGUACUUAGUUGAAGCGAUUUUGAAAUGAAUUACUUUAAAUAACGAUUUGGUUUGAUGUAGACAGUGUACGAUUAUUUAUACAUAUGAUUUAUACAUACAUACUUUGUGCCAGUGAGAGAAAUUGUUUUAUUGUAGAUGCGAUAUUUCUAAUACUGACCGUUGUCUACGUUCCCAAUGUUUUUUUUCGUGGUGUUGUAUUGGGAAAGGUCACAGAUUUAAGUCAUUGCCAUUUUGGCAAUUUUGGUAGAUAGUGAUUUCAAGCAGAGCUUGACACUGCCAUUAGGCUAUUGGCAAAAUUUGAUGUUGAUUGAACACAAAAAUGUUACAAAUAUGGUCACAAAAAAUACAUUCCGCAUUUUAAUUUGUAUAUGCAAAUAUGUAUCACUUGUACUCUUAUAUGCAAACCUAAUAUAAAAGGACGAUAUUUUUUACUUUAAUAACUUCGAGUUUAAUCAAAAAGCAAAAACAAAAAAUAUUAAAUUGUCGUUAGUUAAUUUAACGAUAAGCGCAAAAUUUAACAAAUACCUCAGAAAAUGGCAUACACCAUAUGCACAUAUGUAUGUACAUACACACAUAUGUAUGUAUGUAUGCAUAAGUAAAUAACUCGGAAAUAUUAGGAAGUGUGUUUUUUACGUUUAAGUCGGCGUGCUAAUUAUACCGUAUCAAUCAAGGACAAAACUAGGUUUUUUAUUCAGCGGGACAAAGGAUCGCUCUAAACAAAAUUGAGAAAAAAGCAAAAAAGUAAAUAAUGAGUAUAUCCAACUCAAACAAUUAUAUUAUAUAUACAGACACGUUGAUUUGCUACAAAUGUUCGUGGACAUUUUUAAACAAAAAUAUUGUGGAUAUUUUAUUGGAAUUAAAUAGUGAUUGGCUCUUUAAGAUAAAUUGGUGUUGGGAUAGUUGUGAAUGAAGUAAUGAAAGAAUAUAAGAAAAAAUAACAAAAGAACUUUAAUAUGUUAAAAAAAAUUUAAUUAUUGUGAAAAAAAUGAAAAACAAAAAUUUUCCUUAAAUUAUGCUAAUUAUUUACUUCUUGUUUUUUUUAUUAUUUUAUACAUUAUAGUUUUGCCAAGCAAAUCUUCAAAAAUAACAUACAAAAUAAUACACUUAGCCAAAAUGGAAAGGACGAAAUGAUUUUAGGCAGAAUAAUUAAUGAAACUAUGAAAAAUACUCAUAAUGUUAUACAAUUAAAUAAUUUGCAAUGCAAAUUGAAAUUCAGUAAGACGAAAGAAAUUUUUUAUCGUUGCUCCAUAUUUUAAGUAAAAUUGGCGGUUAGGUUUAAGACAAACGCCACUCAAUUGAGAGUACUGAAUUUUAAUUUGUUUUAGUUUAUCUUAUAGAAUAAAGUUUAUUGUAUAAAUAAGUCCUUUAAACAAAUAAAUCAGAAUGAAAAUAAAUAUUGUAUUUCGUAAAAACCAAGA